ACAAAGUAAAAAAAAAAUUAAACCGCUAAUGAACUCCAUUGGCCUUGUCUAGUGAGAGAGAAGGCUCUGCUUUGAAUUCGUCUUCCUCAUUUUGAAACAGCAGCUCUGAGGAACAACCUGCGGGAGGGAGGUGAUCUCUGCAUGCUUGGAGAACUGAGAGCACUUUCUGGUAGCAGAUUAGUGGUGUGAGGCUUGUAAUCUUCGUUGAAAACGAGGCUAUUGGCAACUGAGAAAGGCGGGACGUGAAUAUGGGGAAUAAAGAAUCGAGAAGUAACAGCGGCUACUACUAUGAUUCGCGCAGUUAUGACUCCCGAUCAUUUCGAAGCUCAUCCGAUCGCUCUUCAUUUUCUGAGAAUUACCAUGAUCAUGAAAGAAAAGGCGUGGUACAGUCAAAAUACUCCAAAAUCGGUGAUGAUUACAGCUCGCUGGAACAGGUCACAAAUGCUCUUGCUCAAGCUGGCCUCGAGUCUUCCAAUCUUAUUGUGGGUAUCGAUUUCACAAAAAGCAAUGAAUGGACAGGUGCGCGAUCAUUCAACCGCAAGAGCCUACAUCACCUUGGGCAUACCCCUAAUCCGUAUGAACAGGCAAUAUCUAUAAUUGGGAGGACGCUCUCAAGUUUCGAUGAAGACAAUCUCAUUCCUUGUUUCGGUUUUGGCGAUGGUCAGUACUUGCGGAUGUUGUUACUAGAGGUAACACUAACUGAAAGAGUCGCUAAUUACUGGAUGGUUGGAAUUCCAUUGGUUUUGCAGCUACAUCAUGCGACGGAUAUAUUUUAA